AUGAGGAUUCUAGGAUUAGAUCCUCCUGAGAAAUACCGAGUUCUUUACCAAGUGUAUUCGAUUUGCCUUAAUACUACGAUAACAUUCUAUUAUCCGCUAUCGAUGUUUAUCAACAUGUUUCUACUUGAUAAAAAAAAGGAAGUGGUUUCAAAUUUAACUCUAACAAUAAGUAUGGUAGUUUGUGGUAUGAAAACCUUCAACAAUUACUUAAAACGCAAAGAACUGUGGAAAAUUCGUGAAUAUUUGGUGCAGCUUGACUCCGAGGUGAAGUUUGAAGUCGACAAGGAGUAUCUGGAGUACAUGGAGAAAGUGUCUUUUCGAUAUUUUGUUUUAUAUGCAUCAAUGUACGGAUUAGUUAUUGCGACUUGCGAAUUUCCGAUGUUAUUCGCAACAGAAAGUCGACUUCUUUAUCCAGCAUGGUUUCCUUGGGAUUGGAAGAAAUCCUCCCGAACGUAUGUAGCGAUUCACUCUUACCAGCUCAUCGGAAUUAUCAUACAAAUCUACCAGAACCUACUUAACGACACUUUACCUGGAAUACUUAUGUGGUUACUCAAAGGAUAUUUACAUGUACAGGAAGCCAGGAUUGAGAGAAUUGGUUACGAUGAAAAUGCAUCUGAUGAAGAGAAUUACAAUGAAUUAGUGGCUUGCGUUAAAAGUCACAAAAUCUGCAGUAUGUGCAGAUUAUUGGUGUAUAGAUAUGCGUUUUUAUGCCAACUAAAUGGUUGCGGAGAGUUAACUAAUCGUCCUCAUACACAAAUUAUGCGGCACGGGCAACUUAUAAAUUGCGGAAUUUUCAGACUCUCUAAAGCCAAGACUCUAUUGUAUGCAAAAAGUAAGGUUACUAACUCAAUGCAGAAAAGCAACGAAAUGGCUGACGAGACUUAUCACUUUACAACAGCUUUGUACCAAUGCAACUGGAUGGAUCAAAAUUUAAAAUUUCGUAAAGUAUUAAUAAUCUUUAUGCAGCAUUCGCAAAAGCCAUGGACCAUUUUUGCGGGAGGCGUUAUAGGUGUAACCCUUUCAACUUGGAUGACUGUGCUUAAAUCCGCCUAUUCCUUGUUUGCUGUUUUAAAUCGAGUCGCAUAA